CCAGCCAGCCAGUGGACCAGGCGGGCUGUCAUCUUCACGGGAGACCAGUCCACUCGUUCUGUUCGUUAGUCUGUCCCUCAUGAAGCGUGGACUCGGUCCUGCCAUGGGACCACGUGGUUCUGCAGCCUGUGUUUCUGACAGUUAGCCUAGGUGGCUAGCUAUGUAGCUUAGCUGGUCAUCGUUAACGGCGGGUUGAUGCGGUGACGUCAGUCGGCGGAACGAAUCUCAAAACCGGAAACAGUUUUGAGAUAUUUUUUUUUUUUUACUUUUAAUUAUUUUUUUUAAAUAACUUAUCGGCUAACAUUGUUGGUUUGAUUAACAAAACCUCUAUUUUUUUUAAAAAAAACUUAAUUUUUAGACGGGUUUUAAAAAAAAAGGAGAUAAACGGACGUUACUUUGGCAACGGAUGUCAUAGAGAACGAAUGCGUGAGGACAUGUCCACCAUGGUGUGCGUGAAGGAGGAGGAGGACCCUGGGGAGAAGCUGUCCCAGGAUGAGAUCAUCUCCCGGACCAAGCAGGUGAUCCAGGGCCUGGAUGCCCUGAAGCAGGAGCACCACUCCAUCCUGGAUGGCCUGCUGGGAACGCUGCGCUGCCUGAAGCAGGACGAGGAGGGCGUCCUGGUGGAGGAGAAGUCCCACAUGAUCCGCAAGUCCCUGGAGAUGCUGGAGCUCGGGCUGAGCGAGGCGCAGGUGAUGAUGGCGCUGUCGAGCCACCUGAGCUCGGUGGAGUCGGAGAAGCAGAAGCUUCGGGCUCAGGUUCGCCGGCUCUGCCAGGAGAACCAGUGGCUGAGGGACGAGCUGGCCGGGACGCAGCAGAAGCUGCAGAAGAGCGAGCAGAGCGUCGCCCAGCUGGAGGAGGAGAAGAAGCACCUGGAGUUCAUGAACCAGCUGAAGAAGUACGACGAGGACUUGUCCCCAUCGGAGGAGAAGGACUCUGAUUCCAGUAAAGAGACUCUGGACGACCUCUUCCCAGAUGACCAGGACGACCAACCCCCAGGCAUCCAGCCGACUCACGGCAGCGCUGCGGCGGCGGCGGCUCAGCAGGGAGGCUACGAGAUCCCGGCCCGUCUGAGGACCCUCCACAACCUGGUGAUCCAGUACGCCUCCCAGGGCAGGUACGAGGUGGCUGUGCCCCUCUGCAAACAGGCCCUGGAGGACCUGGAGAAGACCUCUGGACACGACCACCCGGACGUGGCCACCAUGCUCAACAUCCUCGCCCUCGUUUACAGGGAUCAGAACAAAUACAAGGAGGCAGCCAACCUGCUGAACGACGCUCUGGCCAUCAGGGAGAAGACUCUCGGCAGGGACCAUCCAGCUGUCGCUGCCACCCUCAAUAACUUGGCCGUCCUCUACGGGAAGAGAGGGAAGUACAAGGAGGCAGAGCCGCUCUGCAAGAGAGCGCUGGAGAUCAGAGAAAAGGUGCUAGGGAAGGACCACCCAGAUGUGGCCAAGCAGCUGAACAACCUGGCCCUGCUGUGCCAGAACCAGGGCAAGUACGAGGAGGUGGAGUACUACUACAUGAGAGCGCUGGAGAUCUACCAGGCCAAACUGGGCCCCGACGACCCCAACGUGGCCAAGACCAAGAACAACCUGGCGUCCUGUUACCUGAAACAGGGCAAGUUCAAGCAGGCUGAAACUCUGUAUAAAGAAAUCCUCACCCGCGCUCACGAGAGGGAGUUCGGCUCUGUUGACGAUGAGAACAAACCAAUAUGGAUGCAUGCUGAGGAGAGAGAGGAGCAAAGCAAGGGGAAACAGAAGGACGGCUCACCGUUUGGAGAAUAUGGAGGCUGGUACAAAGCCUGCAAAGUUGACAGCCCCACAGUGACAACCACCCUGAAGAACCUCGGCGCCCUCUACAGGCGGCAGGGCAAAUUCGAGGCGGCCGAGACUCUGGAGGAAGCUGCCAUGCGUUCCAGAAAGCAGGGUCUGGACAAUGUGCACAAGCAGCGCGUGGCGGAGGUCCUGAGCGAGCCGGAGGCCCGCGAGAAACAGCGGAGCCGCGAGAGCUUGACCUCUGACACGGUGAAGUACGAGAGCGGGCCGGACGGUGGCGAGGAAGUGAGUAUGAGCGUGGAGUGGAACGGGGACGGCUCCGGCUCUCUGAAGAGGAGCGGCUCCUUCAGUAAACUGCGAGCGUCGAUCCGUCGCAGCAGCGAGAAACUGGUCCGCAAGCUGAAAGGCGGCAGCUCGUCCCGAGACAGCGAGCCCAAAAACCCCGGGUAACUAUCCCAUCAGACACCUGGACAAACCAGGUGACAGGUGACUCUGACUUUAUGCACUGGAGGCCCGGAGGGACGAGCCGGCACAACGCUCGUACUAACCAAAAAAAUGAAAGAAGGGAUUGGCUCUGCUUUGCUGGCGGUGAAGUAACUUAAAGCUGUUUGCACAUGAAAUGAUGGAGGGAGCUUUCACUGGCACAAACACACACGUUGGUCCUUUUUCAUCUCAUUGGUUUACUGUUCUGUCCUCACUGCAUCAGUACAGUGUACAAGUUUUCUUCUUCAUGCUUUGGUUUGGUUGUCUUUGAGUAUUUGGGAUACUGUUGGAUACUGUUUGGAAAAAGAAUGAAUCCGAAAGGAAAAAAACACAAUGAAAUAAUAUCUUGUGAGGAAAAAUGUAAUAAUGUAUUUUAAGUUAAAAAAUGCAAUAUUUUAAGAAGAAAAUGCAUUCAAUAUUGUAUUAAAAGAAAUAUAAUAUUUAGAGAAAAAGAAUAUAAUAUUUUGAGAAAAAA